AUGGUCCCCAAAGUCACCAGCCUCCUCUGCCUCGUGCUCUGUCUGGGACAGAGGAUUCCGGCACAGGAAGGGAACUGGACACUUCCUGCCAUAUCUGCCGUACCGAGCUCUGUGAUCCCUCGGAAUGAAACAGCGAAGGUCCUGUGCAAAGGAACUCCUGAGUCCUAUCAGUACAGCCUGGAGAUUCUGAGAAACUCUAAGUACCAGGUGGUAAAGAAAAACUUAGGAUUUCAGGAGGUGUCUGAGUUCAUCAUUCACCCCAUGGAUACAAAUUCUGCAGGGCGUUACCGCUGCCAAUAUUGGACCCAUAAAGGGUUGUCCAAAUACAGUGACAUACUGGAUUUGGUGGUGACAGGCUUGUAUGAUGAACCCUUCCUCUCAGCUGAUCUGGGCCAGGUGGUGGUAUUGGGCGAGAACAUUUUCCUCCAGUGUGGGUCAGCUAACAUCCCAUUUGACAGAUUUUCACUGACAAAGGAAGGGAGUCCAAUUGACCUGCCACAACAUCAAAAUGGGACACAUCAAGGCACGUUCACUCUGGGUCCCGUGAACCACGACUUCUCAGGGAACUAUAGUUGCUAUGGCUGGUUUAAUAUGAGCCCCCAUGUGUGGUCGUCUCCUAGUAAUGUCCUGGAGCUUGUUGUCCCAGACACCAUGGGCCGGGAUUCCAUAAUGCAGAAUGUAAUCCAGCUAAGCGUGGCGGGACUGGUCCUUGUGGCUCUCCUGGUGAUAUUGGUUGAAGAUUGGCACAGUCGUAAGGUGCUACUCAAGGAAAAUAGACAAGACUUGGCUGAACCAAACUGGAGUAAACAGGAACUCUGGGUUAUGCCAUCCACACUCCCUUCCUUGCUCUGCCUUGGGCUGUGUCUGAACCAGGUGAUCAGCUCCCCGCUGUAUGCUCUCUCAAAACCCAUUGUUUGGGCCAAGCCCAAUUCCAUAAUUCCCAAGGGAAAGCCAGUGGCCAUCUGGUGUCAGGGGAUCCGAGGGGCUCUUGAGUACCAGCUGCUUUAUAAGGGACAACUUUCUGCCUUGAAGAGACAGAAGUCACCUGAAUUGAAGAACAAAGUCCUAUUCUCCAUCCCUGCCAUGACAUUACACACGGCAGGAGGCUAUAGCUGCAUCUAUCUAAGUGGGAAGAUCUGGUCAGAGCAAAGCGACACGCUGGAUCUGGUGGUAACUGGGAUGUAUGAUGUACCUACCCUCUCGGUGCAGCCUGGGCCUCAAGUGAUCUUAGGAGAGAGCGUGACCUUCCACUGUAGCCUGGAAACUGCAACCAACACAUUCUUUCUACUCAAGGAGGGAAGAAGAUCCAGCUUCCCACAACAAAGAUACGGGAAACAACAGGCAGUCUUCUCCAUGGGCCCCAUGACGCCAGCCCACAGAGGAACUUACAGAUGCUUUGGUUCUUACAACGACUUCGCAUGGUCUUUCCCCAGUCCACCGGUGGAGCUCCGAGUCACAGGUGAGAACACCCUCAGUGUUCCUCUAGUCCUCCCUGGACCCCUACGCCCACCUCUGCCAAUGAUGGGAAAGGUGGGCUAA